GCAAAUAAACUCUAUAAUUUGGCCAAUAUGCACAUGAAUGACAUUUGACUUGUAAAUUGUAAUUGCCAUAGUAGCCCAUACAUAAACGGGCCUCCCGCAAAACUGCUUGAGCCUUAGGAGUUAGGGCCACAAAUAAUCAAAGAUAAGCUUCAAACACCCCCAACAAUGGCGGUCACUACUUCUAUGAGCUUCAACUUGAUGGCUUCUUUCAGAGGGAUGUCGUUGAGCUCGAGUUCUUCAUCAUCCUUCUUCAAAGGCGAAUUCGGACCUUCUUCUCUACGUCUUCCUAACAAAUCUCCUCUCUCAGUUUCGCCAUUUCCAUUAACGAUUGAAUCUGCUCACAAGAAAGGAGCUGGUAGUACUAAGAAUGGUCGAGAUUCUAAAGGUCAGAGGCUCGGUGUCAAGAUUUAUGGCGACCAAGUCGCUAAACCUGGCGCCAUUAUCAUUCGCCAGCGAGGAACUAAGUUUCACCCGGGGAAGAAUGUUGGAAUUGGCAAGGACCAUACAAUCUUUGCUCUAAUUGAUGGAUUAGUGAAAUUUGAGAAGUAUGGUCCUGAUAAGAAAAAGGUGAGUGUUUAUCCACGAGAAAUACAGCCUGAAAACCCCAACAGUUACAGAGCAAGGAAAAGAGAGAACUUCAGGCUACAACGUGAGAAAAAGAAGGCAAGAAGAGAAGGAUAUUCUUUUCAACCACAGCUAAUCCUGGCAUCUGCUGCCACUGAUAAUGCUGAUGAAAGUGCAGUCUGCUGAUUUGCAUCCUACUUCCCUCUUCUUUGGCUUGGUUUUCCGUCUAGUUUUUGUAACUAAGUUUUUCACCCCCUCUAAAGUUUACUACCAAAGUCUAUGUAGAUCAUUUGCACCAAAAGCAAAUCUGUACUGUUUGUGAUAUAUAGAUGUUAUAACUUGCCAAUUCUGAAACGAGUUAGAAGUUUUCAGAGCGUUGAUUCUAAA